GGGGGAGACGGUGCCGCUGCGACAGGGGAGGACGCGGCUGGAGCUCAAGGAGGCUCCAGCGCGCAGGCGCCGCCGAGCCCUGCCUGGAUGCUCAGUCAAGGCACUAAGGCAAAAAAAAAAAAAAAAAAAAAGAAAAAAAGAAAAAGAAAAAAGAAAAAGAAAAAAAAAAGAAAAAGAAAAAAAUCAGCAAUUUAUAGAAAGAAGCUAUAGUCUGUCGGGAUAUCCAACACCAACAGGGCUUACUGAGAGCUCCAUUUCUGGAAAGCCUUACAAGACUGAGGAAUAUCAGACUGCGAAUCACCGGGAACGGUUCCUUUGCAGCACAGAAGCAAUCUCUCUCCCCAUCUUCGCAUAUUCUGAUGGCAAAACAAGUGGAAGAAAAGAGGAAGCAUGACUGCAGAUCAGAUCAGUUCUCUUUGUGGAUUAUAUUUUCAGUAAAAUGUAUGGAUCUAUCUUUUCCUUGUUCUUAUAUCUAGAUCAUGAGACUUGACUGAGGCUGUAUCCUUAUCCUCCAUCCAUCUAUGGCGAACUAUAGCCAUGCAGCUGACAACAUUUUGCAAAAUCUCUCGCCUUUAACAGCCUUUCUGAAACUGACUUCCUUGGGUUUCAUAAUAGGAGUCAGCGUGGUGGGCAACCUCCUGAUCUCCAUUUUGCUAGUGAAAGAUAAGACCUUGCAUAGAGCACCUUACUACUUCCUGUUGGAUCUUUGCUGUUCAGAUAUCCUCAGAUCUGCAAUUUGUUUCCCAUUUGUGUUCAACUCUGUCAAAAAUGGCUCUACCUGGACUUAUGGGACUCUGACUUGCAAAGUGAUUGCCUUUCUGGGGGUUUUGUCCUGUUUCCACACUGCUUUCAUGCUCUUCUGCAUCAGUGUCACCAGAUACUUAGCUAUCGCCCAUCACCGCUUCUAUACAAAGAGGCUGACCUUUUGGACGUGUCUGGCUGUGAUCUGUAUGGUGUGGACUCUGUCUGUGGCCAUGGCAUUUCCCCCGGUUUUAGACGUGGGCACUUACUCAUUCAUUAGGGAGGAAGAUCAAUGCACCUUCCAACACCGCUCCUUCAGGGCUAAUGAUUCCUUAGGAUUUAUGCUGCUUCUUGCUCUCAUCCUCCUAGCCACACAGCUUGUCUACCUCAAGCUGAUAUUUUUCGUCCACGAUCGAAGGAAAAUGAAGCCAGUCCAGUUUGUAGCAGCAGUCAGCCAGAACUGGACUUUUCAUGGUCCUGGAGCCAGUGGCCAGGCAGCUGCCAAUUGGCUAGCAGGAUUUGGAAGGGGUCCCACACCACCCACCUUGCUGGGCAUCAGGCAAAAUGCAAACACCACAGGCAGAAGAAGGCUAUUGGUCUUAGACGAGUUCAAAAUGGAGAAAAGAAUCAGCAGAAUGUUCUAUAUAAUGACUUUUCUGUUUCUAACCUUGUGGGGCCCUUACCUGGUGGCCUGUUAUUGGAGAGUUUUUGCAAGAGGGCCUGUAGUACCAGGGGGAUUUCUAACAGCUGCUGUCUGGAUGAGUUUUGCCCAAGCAGGAAUCAAUCCUUUUGUCUGCAUUUUCUCAAACAGGGAGCUGAGGCGCUGUUUCAGCACAACCCUUCUUUACUGCAGAAAAUCCAGGUUACCAAGGGAACCUUACUGUGUUAUAUGAGGGAGCAUCUGUAAAUCUUUAGCCUUGUGAAAACUAACCUUCUCUGCUGAGCAAUUGUGGCCCAUAGCCAUAUUUUGCGAAGAAAUUCAAGAAUGGAAUCAGCAGUUUUAAGGAUUUGGGCAACAUUCUGCAGUCUUUGCAAUAGUUCACCUAUAAUCCUAUUUUAAAUCUCAGAGUGAUCCUGCUGACUGCCAGCAAAGGUUUGUAAUUAAGAAGGGACUGAACCACUGCCCUAAGUUUCUUUAUGUGGUCAAAAACUAGAUAAUGAAAGUAGCAGGUGCUAAGUAUCAGUGCUAAAUGCUCUGUAUGUCACUACAUAUGAAAAAACAUCAAAAAACAAUUAGCAUUGGACAUCUUAAUAAAUUAAGUUGACAUGAGGUAAAUGUGUUGAUAAAAACUAAUUUUAGAAGUUUGAAGACUUUAAAACAUUUCAUACUACUAUUGUUUUGCAAAGACUAAAAUAUUUGGGGACUUAAAGUACUGUAAUCCACUAAAGACGUGCCAAUGAAUUAUUGGAAUAUCACACUUUAAAAACCGCCUUGUAAGUUCUGGGGAGCAUUCCAAAGCAGUAUAUUGGUUCCAAUUAGAGUUUACUUUUUUUGUAUUAAUACAUUGCUAUUUCUAAAUACCACUUUCCUCAUCUACUAGUAAGAUUGCUAGCAUUGAACUGUAUUAUGUGGUUUUUGUUGAUUUGGUAUAAAGUUUUUCCAAUUCAUUUAUAUUUUACAAAUGCUAGAUAUUGGUCUGGGAGGCAACAUUAAUGGUACCAGCCUGUCACAACUGAGCAGUUCUAAUAAUGCAGAAUAAACACAUGUUGCCUUAAAGGGUUAUCUAGCAUCCUUCAUCUUAUUUAGCAUUGGAGCAAAUAGCCAAGGGAAAUCAAAUCAGUAACCGGUCAUGGUCAUGCAUCUAAAAGUGCAUGGAAGAUCAUUUAUUACUUUUUCCUUUUUUCUCACAUGGUUUGAAACUUAAAGUGCACAUCACUGAAAUAAUGAGAUUUUCUUCUGUGGUGUGCUACCCUUUCUAAAGUGUUCUAAGAAGCAGGCAGUUGAUGUAUGUUUAUAUUUUAAGUCAGCUGUCAAGGGGAGACCACAGCCUUAGUAUGACAUCCUGCACAAUUUGUGAAGCAUUUAUUCUACUGAAGGCACAGUCUUGUUUAUACUUUCUGCACAUUCAGUGUAUUGGUAAUUUAAAUUAUUUCAGUUUUAACUUGUGAAAGCUUAUAUUAUGAUUUCUGGUAUUUUAGAAAUACAUUAGAGUCUGUGAGUCUCAUUCUUUAAGAUACAGAUGUGUGAACUUCAAUAUAAAGUUGCAUUUGCCAAAA